CAUCACAUUCGACAUGGAAUGAUGUUAACUUCUCCUACCGGUCAAAUUGAGACAUGGCGUCUAAAGCAUUAUGAUGCUGAGAAAGGAUGGACUGGAAUAGAGCUCGGGCCAUUAUAUGAUAAAAUGAUGGAGUUAAGGGGUCAACAUCCUCCAGAAGAACUGUCUGAUAAAGAGAUUAUGGAGCGUGUACUUGGACGUGAUUCAGUAUACUUGCGAGGGUGGGGGCGGUCUCCUAGUGUCACAACUUCUACUUCACAUCGUGAAAAUAUUGUGGGUAAUCAACCAACUUAUGAAGAGUUAGUUGAACGACUUAAUGAUACAACUUCCCGCCUUAAUGCUACUAACGAACAACUUAGUGUGGUUGUGGAUAUACUUCGUCAUAACAAUUUGAUGGCACCGCCUCCACCACCUCCAACAGACCAAGCUUCAGAUGCAAAUUUAAGAGAGUCGCCAUCUUUUUCAGUUCGAGAGUCACAAGAUGAUUCUUAGUUUAUUUACAUUAAUUUACUAAGGAAUGAACUUUAUGAAGUUUUUUUUUAUUUUGGUAGGGGUAACCUUAAAAUGAUAACUUUAUGACUUAUUUUAGUAUUGAACAUUAUAAAGAAUUUUAGCAUUAAACAUUUUAUUAUUGUA